AUGGCUGAAUACUGGAAAUCAGCUCCACGCUACUGGUGUAAACAGUGCAAGAUCUUCAUCCGCGACACGCCUUUCGAAAAGACCCAGCACGAAGCCAGCCCAAAACAUCAAGGUAGCCUCAAGCGUUUCCUCAGACAAAUCCACAAGGACAAUGAACAACAACAACGAGACUCACAGCGUGCGAAAAGCGAAGUUGAGCGAUUGCGACAGGCCAUUGGUGGCGGAUCCUCGACCGAUAAAGAUGGCGGCGCGAAACGAACCGCGGCACCAGCUCCCAAACCUACAGACCGGCCCGCCACUAUGGAAGAGAGAAAGAAACAGAUGGCACAGCUUGCGGAGAUGGGAGUCGCCGUCCCGCAGGAAUUCCGCGCUGAGAUGGCGUUAGCAGGGGAUUGGCAGACGACAUCUGAGACAUUGAUUGAGCCAAAGCAGGGAUUAGAAGGGCCCACAAAAUCGAUUGGAGUGCGCAAGCGCAAACAUGAAGGCGAAGGCGAGGAGGAGGAUGAGAAUGUACCUGAACCUGUCAUCAACAGAGGCUGGGGCUCGAGAAUGAGACAAUACCCCGGUGCACAGGAGGAGGAAGGCUUGGAUGAUCUGCUUGCAUCUACCAAGAAUAUCAAGAAGACUAAAACCUUUAUUCCGAAGAUUGAACUCGAUGAACGGGAGACUACUAUCGAACAACUCACUCCCACCACAAAGAAAGAAGAAGGAGAACAAGAACGAGGUUCUUCCAAGCCAGAGCCUCAGGAGACGAAUGAGACAAUCGAGGUUAAGGCUGAAGAGACCGCUCAACCUUCAGAGCCAAUUGUCGAAGAAAAACCGCCAAGUGAAGAUGCUACGCCAGGAGUUGUAUUCAAGAAGCGCAAGCCAAAAACGAUGAGAAAAUAG